AUGCCCGAGUUCAUGGCCGCACCUGAAAGGUUCUCUGGCGUCAAGUGGAAUGCGGGACCCCCGGGCCAGGGCACCUUGUGGCGGCGGGCCAAUCCGUGGGCGUCAUUUGCAAAUCAGGGCGCUGUACCCCGCGUUCGCAGGUCUUCCGUCGACCGGACCCGCCUCUGGCUGGAGCUGGCGCCUCCGAUAAUCGGAACUGGAAUCUUUUCGUCCCAGAGCUUCAGUCAUCGUUGCUUGUUCCGUUAG